CAAGCCCAACACCAGGAGGGGGAGAUUCCGGAACUGGAUGUAAAAAGCCUUUCUUCCUGGAGCUUUCCGGACCCAAUUAGACGUUGUACCCAGUCCGGUUACCCUGGUAACAGGCGUCGCGGUUUGUCAAGGAACCCAGAGAGGAGUCCUAUCUUUCCACAGACUCAAGAGGCCUAUUUACCUUAAUCAUGGAGUCUUCCUCAAAGUGUCUGCUCACCCAAGUUACUCAGUUCUGGAACCUCCUAGACGAUCUGGCUGAAAGUAAUCCUGAGAGCUAUGAGAAGUUCAUUGAACAGCAGCUGAAAGAAGGGAAGCAGCUCUGUGCCACCCCAGAACCACAGCUCUGUCUACAAACCAGGAUCCUAAAACCCAAGGAAAAAGUACUUUUUAUUAACCUGAGUCAGUGGAAAAGGAUCCCAGCUCCCCAGUCAAUCACUCAUCCAGUACCUCUAAGGGUUGGAACACCAGAAGAUAUGUCUGAGACAUCAGAUGUUUAUACAGUCAUCGAUGUUGCCUACAAUCCUGAUGUUCUCCAGGCAGCAGAAAAGGACCAAGUAAAAAAAGAUCAAUUAAUACGGAUGGCCAUGAAAUGCAUUGAGGAACAAUUCCAGCUCACUCUCUCACACUCUUACAGUAUCGCUAAAUUUAGAAUAAAAGGAAGCAUUCAAAGGAUGAAACAAAAUCUGAUGGGAAUACAAGGUGACCCCACAGAUUUAAGAGAGAAAAUGAGAAAGGAACUAACCCUUGAACAGAUAAGUAGUGCUGUGAGCAAUCCAGAUCACUUUCAGCUUUUAUUGCCAAAAGGUGAAGUUUCAAGCAAAGCAAGGUGUCUGAUUGAGGAGAUUUCCAGCUCAGAGACCCAGGUAGAGAUGAAGGAACCAGCCUAUGAAUUAAAAACUGUGGUUGACCAGAAUGAUAAACCUCUGGAAAUUGAAAUAAAAGUUGAAUUACCUGGUAUUGAUUCCGUCUCUCUCUGUGAUCUUAGUGUUUCUGAGGAUGAUUUAUUGAUUGAGGUCUCUGAGAAGUACAGAUUACAUCUGAAUCUUCCAGAAUUUGUGGAUACUGAAAUGACUACAGCCAAAUUUAUCAAAGAGAAAGCUACAUUAAUCGUCACAAUGCCAUUGGUGUAAGUCAAGAGCAUCAUUUGCUUUGGGUUUUCAGUGCUAAAGGCAUGUGAAUGAGAGGACCUUUAUAAUGGGUGAAGAGGUAGUGGUAAAGUUUACCUUAAAUACUAGUAUUUUCUAAGAAUUCUUUUUGAUGGAGUGAGAUUCUCCAACUUAUGUUUAUCUUUUUUUUUUUUUAACUCAAAUUUGGCUAGACAGAAACUCUUAUAAUGGUAUUGCCAUGAUAUACUUGUUUUGAAGCUAUUUCUAAUGGUCUUAAAGUAACAAAUUGUCAUUUGGGAAAAUUCUGUUUCCAAGUAAAUUGUGAAAAUUCUUGGUUUACUGGUUGAAAUUCUGGUUUACUUGGUUGUCUCUAGCAAAUUUUUGCAUCAGGAAUAAGUCUCAAACUGUGUGAAUUUUCUAUUACCAAGAAGAACUGAAGCAGUGAAAGUUUCCUCCAGCUAUGAAUUUACAGGGCCAAUGUAGUAGUAUGCAAACCUAUGCUUCUAUGAACCUCUGUACUACUACAACAGUUCUGAUGGGAGGAGUCCAAGUUACCAAGAUCUUUUAAUAUCAAAGAAGAGACUUGUCUGUGGACUGGAUACCACGAUGCAGUUAACAAUAACAGGAUGUUAUUGUACAGAAGAUAUAAAAUACAUCUAACCCUAAGAAAAAGGAUGUGACUUUGGGACAAGUGCCUUUCUCCUAUGAAAAUAAAAGACAAAAGCGAUAUAUUUACCAACUUUCAUUCAUCUGUCAGAUGGUUGUUCAAUACAAAGGUAUUAACUUUGAUGUUCACAUCAAACUUUAAACAUCCUUAAUCAUUUUUCCUAGA